AUGGAGGGUGGCGGGCAGCACCCGUCCCCCGCUGUCCCCCCGGGCCAGCCCCAGGGUGAGCGCUUGCAGCUCCUGUUGCGCCGCAGCCGGGAGGCCAAAAACUGCGCCUAUUGCCCCUACAGCCGCUUCCCGGUGGGUGCCGCGCUGCUGACGGCCAGCGGGGAGAUCUUCUCCGGGUGCAACGUGGAGAACGCCUGCUACAGCCUGGGGAUGUGCGCCGAGCGUACCGCCAUCCAGAAAGCCAUCUCCGAGGGGCACACCAACUUCAAGGCCAUGGCCAUCGCCAGAAAGAAGCGCAGGUUUUGCAUCAAGGCACUUUUCCUCCCUCUUCUCCUCCAGUUCGGCACGGACUGGGACGUCUACCUGACCAAAGCGGACGGCACCUAUAUCGUCAAGAGGCUGGAGGAGCUGCCGCCGCUCUCCUUCGGCCCUGAAGACCUGAAGAAGGUGUGA